AAAUAUGGCGCCGCCCAGCGCCGAGCCACCGUUUCUCAACCCCCCUGGCAAGCAGGGGAAAGAGCCGCCCGCCUUUCCGUACAAAAUAUGGCGCCGCCCUGCGUUGAGCCGGCGCCUAGCGGCUAAGAGCAGCCUCCUCCUUCCCGACUCUGAGGAGCGGCCGCUCUGGCCUGUGCCCACUAGAGCUGGGCUGGGAGGACCGCCCGCGGCGUGGCGAGGGAUGCGGCCUCGGAGGGGCAGAGGCUGAACCGCCCCUGCCGCCUGCGCGUAGUUCCCGCCUGCCCCGCGGCGCCGGCCCCCACCUGACUCACGGCGGGAGCGGCUGAAGGGAGAACGCCGACUCCGCGGCAGGAAAGUGAAUAAACUUAAUUGAGAAUGUCUGAAAACCUUGACAAGUCCAAUAUAAACGAAGCAGGAAAAUCAAAAUCAAAUGAUUCUGAGCAAGGCCUUGAAGAUGCUGUGGAAAGUUCUGAUGAAGCUUUACAGAAAAAAAUAAAGUCGGGCUCUCCUAGCCCCCAAAGAGUACAAAGACCUCACUCUAGUCCUCCUCGAUUUGUGACAGUAGAAGAACUUCUAGAGACAGCAAAAGGAGUCACUAACAUGGCUCUAGCCCAUGAAAUUGUAGUAAAUGGAGACUUUCAGAUUAAACCAGUUGAAUUACCAGAAGACAGCUUGCAGAAGAGAGUGAAGGAGAUUGUACAUAAAGCUUUUUGGGAUUGCUUAAGUGUCCAGCUAAGUGAAGACCCCCCAACAUAUGACCAUGCUAUCAAACUUUUAGGAGAAAUCAAAGAGACUCUGUUAUCUUUCUUGCUGCCUGGUCACACUAGACUGAGAAACCAGAUAAUAGAAGUCUUGGAUCUGGAUCUGAUAAAGCAAGAAGCAGAGAAUGGGGCCCUGGAUAUUUCCAAGCUGGCAGAAUUCAUUACUGGCAUGAUGGGGACACUGUGUGCACCUGCUCGAGAUGAGGAAGUUAAGAAACUAAAGGACAUUAAGGAAAUAGUGCCCCUUUUCAGGGCAAUUUUUUCUGUGUUGGACCUAAUGAAGGUGGACAUGGCAAACUUUGCUGUCAGUAGCAUCAGACCUCAUCUCAUGCAGCAGUCAGUUGAAUAUGAAAGGAAGAAGUUUCAAGAACUUUUGGAGAAGCAACCAAAUUCCUUGGACUUUGUCACCCAGUGGCUAGAAGAAGCCUCAGGUGACCUUAUGAAUCAGAAGUAUAAACAUGCCCUGCCAGCUGGGGGAGGAGCUGCUGGCUGUGGGGACGCUCCCAGGCUGAGUCCUGUUGCUGUCCAGAAUUACGCAUACCUGAAGCUUCUGAAAUGGGACCACCUCCAGAGACCUUUCCCUGAAACGGUUUUGAUGGACCAGUCCCGCUUCCAAGAGCUACAGCUACAGCUGGAGCAACUGACCAUCCUGGGGGCCGUGUUGCUGGUCACAUUCAGCAUGGCAGCCCCUGGAAUUUCCAGCCAUGCCAACUUUGCCGAGAAACUCAAGAUGAUUGUGAAGAUUUUGCUUACAGAUAUGCAUCUGCCCUCCUUCCAUCUGAAGGAAGCCCUGACUGCUGUUGGGGAGAAGGUGUGCCUGGAGGUGAGCAGCUGCCUCUCCCUGUGUGGGUCCUGCCCCCUCACCACGGACAAGGAAACCGUGCUCAAGGGCCAGAUCCAGGCCAUCGCCAGUGCCGACGACCCCAUCCGCAGGAUCAUGGAAUCUCGAAUCCUGACCUUCUUAGAAACCUACCUUGCCUCGGGUCAUCAGAAGCCAUUGCCCACAGUACCUGGGGGAUUGGGUCCAGUUCAGAGAGAGCUGGAGGAAGUUGCUAUUAAAUUUGUUCGCCUGGUCAACUAUAACAAGAUGGUCUUCUGUCCCUAUUAUGAUGCAAUCCUCAGUAAGAUCCUCAUUGUAUCCUAACUUGUAUGCACCCUACCGCAGCAGUAUUAUUCACUCGCCUCAGAAUACCUGUUCUGAACUAUAAUGUUGCUUUGGAAAAUGGCUAUGUAGUACAUUUCUAUUUAACAGCACUGAUUCCAAAGGGAAGAAUAUUGUGUAUCACAGUUGAAAAGAGUUGUUGAAAAAUGCACUGAAUUCUAUUUUGAGAGAUUGUAUUUAUGAGUGAGUACAAGUUUACAAAUCAAAGAAGCUUUUUGUUCUCUUGAGUUUUAUAGGUUACACUCAGCUUUUAAAUAUUUGACUGCCAGUGUCUCCAGUCGUACUCCAUCAUGACUGUAGCAGCUGUGUCCUUCCAAGGAGGCUGGGACCUCUCUCCUUUGCAAUCUGGGUAGUUCUUUCAGAUACCCCAGGCUGACCGCCACCCAGGAGUGAAAGAGACCAAGCCAUGACUUCACCUCUUGCCCCUCCUUUGCACAGCGCCCCCACUUCUCCCUCCAGGUAUUUUGUGUUAGAAGGGCUACAUGAAGUCUUACUGAUAUUUUUUUUUCCCUUUUCCCUAUUUAUUACUUCCUCCCUGCCUGGCACAGCCAGGGCGAAGGGUUAUUUGAUUUUAAAAACUUGUUCUUUUAUAGAAAAUUGCUCCUGACCCUGGGGUGAUGACUUAUGAGAUCUAGAGAAUGGAAAUUCUUUGACUUUCAAGCCUUGGAAGUUGAGGAAAUUUUCAAAAAAUAGUUUAAUGUGAAAGAAGAGCAAUAUCUGGGGUUUUUACUGAAAAAUUCAGUCUAAUAGAAUACACAGAUAUGUUAAUUAAAUUAGAAUUCUGGAAUUAGAUUUAAGUGUUUUACGAUAAAAUAGUUUACUGAUCUCUGAGAUAAGGAAGUCACAGAAAAUCCCUGGGUUUUGAACAGUAUUUUUCAAGGAACUUCAGUGACUAGAAUUCCUGACAUGUCCUCAGUGAGAGAUUGUAUAAUCUCUCAUUGAGAGUAAUUUGGGUCUCACAGCUGAUCUGUUAAAAAAAAAAUGUGUGUGUAUUUUAGACAGGGACAUUAUAUUUGAAGCAGAGCCAUGAAGUUGGAAUAAUCUCCAACUACCAGAACAGCAAGGGGUGAAAUAAUGUAAGGCUGCAGUCCCUAACCUUUUUGGCCCCGGGGACUGGUUUCAUGGAAGACAAUUUUUCCACAGACUGGGGGUAGGCGGUAGGCCGCGCCUGUGUGGCCCAGUUUCUAACAGGCCACAGACCCCAGGGAUUGGGGACCACAGAUGUAAGGAACUCCUUUAUUGAAGCUGGGGGGGGGUGCAGAUAGGGUUUGAAGGGUUAAAGGGGAGCAUUUGCUCUAGGCCGUCUAGUGGUACAGGCUUCAUGAGAGUGAGUGGUUACAUUGGGUGGAUAUGAUUUCUCCAAAUACUACAAACUGUGCUCUACUGCUGUGUGUUACUUGCAGUCAGAAAUGUAUGUUGCAUUAUACGGUCAGGGUCAUUAAUGUUUAGACUCAAGGACAAAUUUUCCCUGGCUUCUUUAUAAGGAUAAAGUUUAGUAAAUAAAACAUAAAAGCAAUCCAGUAGUAUCAGCACAUAAAGACUUUUGGACAAUAAGCUCAAAGAAACAUGGAAGCCAUUCCAGAAAGGCCCCUGAAGGUCAGCAGCUAUUCCUGAGCAACCCGGGGAAAAGGCCACAUUUAAUGGGAAGCAGUUGUUUUUUUUCUGAUCCCUCUGUGUAAGGAAAGCUGGCAAUUUAAGAAAAACUUAAGAAGCAGUUGGGUUGUCCUUUAGAGGGUAGGUAUGACAACAUUCCUGAUGCAGGGAGGAAAGCAGAUACUCCGGGAGAAGGAUAUCAGACUAAGUAGUAUCAGAAUAAAUUUAGUUUGUGUUGUUUUUGAGAUUGUGGAUGGUCCCAGGGUUUAUACAAAGGAUGUGGGUCUGGCCAUAGGAACUCAGGUGGAAAUGACAUGUAAGCAGAUGAGCACUGAUGAUAUGGUAGGAAAA